UGGGCGGGACUUCCGGUUUUGUUCGUCGUCCCUCUAAACCGGUGCGGAAGUCGAGUUGACUCGACUCGGAAGGUCAGAGUUUAUUUGGUCAAAGCUAUUUUUACACAUGGACGUUAUACAUGUAACUUAGCGUUUCGGUCACAAGGAGGUUUUGGACAUAUUUCCCGGUAGGAAACGCAACUUUUACGAACGUGACCACAAAAUAGAUAGCGUGUUUAUAAUAUGUCCGGGUCUAAAUGCGCGCCACUGAGCGGACAGUUGGUCCGACAAGUGGUGGACUCGGUGGACUGCGUCCUGUUCGACUGCGACGGUGUCAUCUGGCGGGGGGACAAGGCCAUCCCCGGAGCCCCGCAGGUGGUCAAACUACUCAAGCAACAUGGCAAGAGAGUCUUCUUCGUCACCAACAACAGCACCAAGACGAGGAAGAUGUACGUGGACAAAAUGUCCACGCUGGGCUUCGACGUGAGCGAGGACGAGGUUUUCGGGACGGCGUACUGCUCCGCCGUGUACCUGCAGACGGUGUGCAAGCUGCAGGGGAAAGUCUACCUCGUCGGCAGCGACGCCAUGAAGCAGGAGCUGGAGGCGGUGGGGAUCCAGCAGACCGGCCUGGGACCUGACCACAUCUCCGGGAAGCAGACCGACUGGGCCAGGGUGGCGCUGGACCCGGAGGUGAAGGCUGUGUUGGUGGGUUUUGAUGAACAUUUCAGCUACAUGAAGCUCAACCGAGCCUUGCAGUACAUCACCAGGUCGCAGUGUUUGUUUGUGGGAACAAACAGGGAUUCCAGGCUGCCUCUGGAGGGGGGCACCGCUGUCCCAGGAACUGGAUGCCUGCUGCAAGCUGUCGAGACCGCAGCCCAGCGCCAGGCCGCCACAGUGGGCAAACCCAACCGCUUCAUGUUUGACUGUGUGGCUUCUAAAUUCGGCGUAGACCCCGGCCGCUGCCUGAUGGUGGGCGAUCGCCUGGACACGGACAUCAUGUUGGGCUCCAACUGUGGCCUGAAAACCCUCCUCACCCUCACCGGGGUCAGUACGGUGGCCGAGGUGGAAGCCAUUCAGAAGAGCGGCUGCGCGGAGAAGCAGGGGAUGGUGCCGGAUUAUUACGUGGAGAGCAUCGCAGACCUUCUUCCAGCCCUGCAGGGAUGAGACCACCCUGGACUCAUGCCGCCCAGGAAAUUAGCUAAUCUGAUGAUAGUCUUCCAUAUUAUCAUCCCUAUGACUACCAUGCUUUUGUGGUGUGUUUAGAGGACACAAAAACUAAAUCAUGUUCAACUGGGCCAUCAUGGAUCAAAUGAGCAAGAAUUAAAUAAGUACCAGUAUUAAAAUAACAUAGUUAUCUUUAGAUUUAUUUAUAUUUCCACGUCCUACAAAUAUGUGAGGGACAAAUAACAAAAGAAAGGUAUUAUUUAUAGAAUAAAUUACUGUAUUUUUUGGACUAUAAGGUGCACUUAAAAUCCUUUCAUUUUCUCAAAAAUCGGCAGUGCGACCUAUAACCCGGUGCACCUAAUGUAGCCAUUAAUUCUGGUUGUGCUUACCGACCUCGAAGCAUUUUUAUUUGAUAGAUGGUGUAAUGAUACGUGCGGCCAGUGGGUGGCAGUCACACAUAAGAGAUACGUGUGGACUGCAGGUUGACUGACAUCUGUUCAAUAAAUGACACAAGCAAGUACCCGUAAGCAAACAACACCUGAACUUUGAUGCUUCAUUGAGAUUGUGGAACAUUACACUUGUAGCUCAAAAAUGUGUCAAAAUGUUUUAGUACGACUUUGGUAAGCUCCGAAGCCGCACCACUUGAUGGAAAGCAGAUAGCGUAAUCAUACGUACUGUGUUUCAACAUAUUGGUAUUAUGUUUAUAAGGAUAGGUAAAAGGUAAAACAUAAUCCAUGCAACAUUUUGACCACUAUUACGUGUUAGGUAGAUCAAAAAGAAGCGUUUUAAAUGUAGAAAAUAAAAUCAUAUUAUGACCGUUUUAAUGCGCCCUUAUAAUCUGGUCCGCCCUAUGGUCCGAACAAUACAGUAAUAUAUUUCUUUGUAGCCCUUUACAGUGAAAUUAACCACAUAUGGUAUCUUACAGCAAAAGUAUUUAUAUCAGAUUAAUUAUUGAAAUAUAUUAUUGUAGGUAGGAGACCACGGUCAAGACCCAGGGCACGGUGGAGAAACUAUGUCUCCCAGCUGGCCUGGUAACGCCUAAUGAUCCCCCGGGAAGAGACGGACAAAGUAGCUGGAGAGAGAGAAGUCUGGUCUUCCCUGCUUAGGCUGCUGCCCCCACGACCCGACUUCGGAUAAGCGGAAGAAGAUAGUAUUGUUAAUUUCCAAAUAUUAAAAUUAAUUUUUGUAAAGGAACAUUUUUUUGCAGAGAUAAGUGAAACCUCAUAGUGUGUUAUUUUGUUUUUAAAUUAAUUUCUCGGUAUGGUGUCCGUGUUCAAUGUGUAAACUGUCCUGAUUAUUAGCAGACAGUAUUUUACUAACAAGAGACAUACUUAGGAUGUCAUCACUCUGAUUAAGCAACUAAAGGAAGCCAGUAUCAAUGUGGUAUUUGGUCAUGUGAGUGCGGUCAGCUGACAGGAUAAUGCAGUAGAAAGUUAUGUAUCACAACAGAAAGGGAUGAUGUGAUUAUUCUUUGUGACCGCGUGGCCAUCCCCUCACUCAUAUUGCCAACAUGCACUUCUCCCCCUAAUAAAAAUUACUAUGCUAUUUUGAUUUGUUUUUCUGCCGGUUGUGUGUUUAUAAAGACACAUUCCGCGUUCAUGCACUCAGGUGUUGCAUGUCGCCUCUCUGCUGCUGAGACAUGUCUUCCAUGCUGUGGCUGCUUGUGUGCCUUUGUCUAUUGUCCUGGCUGCCAACUGUGUGCAAUACACAAAGGGGAAAUGUAGCCAAGUUCUUAUUUCGGAGCAGCACCAAAAUUCUGUAUGCACCUGGAUUUUUGUUAGUAACGGAGAUGAAACCUGCAAUUUCCCAUGUAACCGUUUUAUAUAAACGGGACCAAUGCAAUGUGCGGAGGAAGUCACACAAUCAGAGGCGAGAUAUCAGCUGUGUGAAAAGAAUGGUUGUCACAAUACCAGAAUUUCAACUGUUGUAACCGAUAUCUAUAAAUGUUUUAAUACUAAUUUGUUCCCAUGUUAAGAAUAAAAACUGAACUCCAUGUAGUUCCAAGGUACAUACAGGUUUUGGCGCAACAUAUGUUGUCAUCCAAGCGACGUUAUCAUGGGCGCCCCUGCUUAUUUCAGCAAGACAAUGCCAAGUCACGUGUUACAACAGCGUGGCUUCAUAGUAAAAUAGUGUGGGUACUAGACUGGCUUGCAUGUAGUCCAGACCUGUCUCUCAUUAAAAAUGUGUGGCGCAGUAUGAAGCCUAAAAUACCACAACGGAGACCCCGGACUGUUGAACAACUUAAGCUGCACAUAAAAAAAGAAUGGGCAAGAAUUCCACCUGAAAAGCUUCAAAAAUGUGUCUCCUUAGUUCCCAAAGGUUAAUUGAGUGUUGUUAAAAAAAAGGUGAUGUAACACAGUGGUAAACGUGCCCUUUCCCAACUACUUUGACAUGUUGCAGCAAUGAAAUUCUAAGUUGAUUAUUAUUUGAAAAAAAAAAAAUAAAGUUUAUGAGUUUGAACAUCAAA